AUGACGGACAGCAACGCUGAGUCAGUCAAGUCCGGCAAUGGCGGUUCCAAGGCGAACAAGAACAGCGACAAGGUGAAGAAGGGCGGCCAGUCAGCAACCAGUGGUGGAGGAACGGGCGGCGCCAACAUGCUGGCACAUCGCAACAUCCCCAACCAAUACCUGAUGCUCACCGACACCAACUAUGGCGUGUGGGCGGUGAAGAUGAAGAUCAUUCUCCGAACCCUUAGAGUGUGGGAGGCCAUCACGGACGACGACAUCGACAAGGAGUGCGACAAGGGUGCCAUGGCCGCCAUAGCCCAGUCUAUGGCGGAUUCCGUGCUGAUGACAUUGGCGGAGUUCGAGAUGAUGGAGGAAACUGAAUCGGUGAACGACUAUGCCAUGCGUCUGACUACAUUGGUGGGAGAGAUACGCGCGCUUGGUGCGAAGCUCGAGGAAACCGAGGUUGUGGAGAAGCUUUUCAGUUCGAAGGGCAAAGGAGGAGGUGGUGACCAACUCAUGUACUCGCGCGCAGAUUGGGAGUCCCCAAGUAGCAAAGGAAGGCGCAACGUUGGCGAAGGCUCAAGCAACGCGAAGCGCGGCGGACAAACCGAAGAAGGCAAAGGAAAAGGCAAGCCACAAGGUCGUGGUAAGGCGGACCGAUCUAAAGAGCGGAAGCCACGGAACUUGGAUAUGUCCGAGGUCAAGUGCUAUAACUACAACGAGAUGGGUCACUUUGCAAAGGAUUGUCCGGAGCCUGACAAGUGGGAGAUCAAGGCAAAUUUGGCAAAGCUGGAAGACUAA